GAAGUAGUUGAUGAAGGGACACUUCCAACGCAGCCACAUCACGUUGACAUAGACGCACAGCGUGGCCAGUCCGACGCCGAAGAAGCAAUAGGUGGCCACAUCGUUCGAGACCAGGGGAUAUCCACGCACCAGACCCGGCAGGAUGAGCAGCAGAAUGGCCACGAGAAUGAACACCAGGGCGGUGCCGUAGAUCCACAGGGACACCUUGAGACGGAGGCGGGCGACGCCAUCGGUUGGCUGAUCACUCAUCGAGGUGGGUGUUCUCCUAUUGUUUUGCUCGUUUCCCGGGCGUGUGUCAAGUGUCAAAGGGGAGAGCUCGGCCUGACAGCCAGUAUGUUAAGUGUAACCAGAUCGGUAUCAGCCCCGAAUUUCAGCGUGCGAUCCCUUGGAUCCUUUGGCCCAAAGACCGAUUACGAGGCGGAUUCCAGCUUGACCGACAGCCAGGUAAUAAGGACGGCCUACGUGAGGAGUGAGGAGUAUGUGGAGAGGGGAACAUCGAUCACCAGGAUUCCUCAGAAGCGUGAGCCCUCCCGCUGCCUGUUCCGCACCUACGUCUGCCUGCUGCUGGGCAUCCAGGUGACCCUCGCCUCGCUGCAGUGGCUCGGAUCCACGUACCGCUGGCGCCCCCAACUGAAUCCGGCCAACCGCAGCCUGUCCGUCCUGCUGCUUCUGCUCUCGUGGAUCAACCUCACGCUGGCCUUCAUCGGCUUCCGGCGGCUGCAGUUCACCUUCCCGCUGAACUGGAUCAUAUUCGGCUGCAUCUUCGAGAGCCUCACGCUGCUGGUGGUGUGCCUGCACAUCUUGGAGGGAGACAUCACCUGGCCCUUUGUGCUGAUCGGCAUUGGUGUGCUGGUUGUGUAUACUCUGCUGGGUCUGUGGGUGCCCGGCUUCCUCACCGCCAACCUCUGGAUCCUCAUCGUGGCCAGCAUCGUGGUCUUUGUCAUCUCCGCCGUGGCCCUGGGCAUCCGCAUGAAUAUGUGCUACUACGUGCCCACCAGCGUCUGCCUGGUGAUCUUCGGACCCUGGGCCAUGUUCAACUCCCAGAAGCUCUUCUUGCCCCGCCAUCGCACCGGCUACUUGCCCCACCAGUACCUGGAGGCGGCCAUCAAGAUGUUCAUCAACUACGCUUUCACUGUGAGCGGCAUCGUGUUUGCCCAUCGCUUUUCGGUCGACACUUUGGAUGCCCACGCUUAGCUGGGAUAAGGCUGGAUCAGAAUUUAAGGGUUAACGGGCUGGGGCUGAUCUUAUUUGUUUUUAGAUUUUUUGUAAGUCUUUAAUUAAAUUGUCACGUGUUUAUAUCUAA